AUGAGAGGUAGCAAGGAGCAUGUUGCCUCCAAAACCUCUUCUUCUCCUUCUAUUGUCAAACCAAACCCUUCCGACAACAAAGUUGCAACCAUUGAAGCACCGAUUGUGUCUUCUUACAAUGAUCGGAUCAGGCCGUUGCUUGACACUGUGGACAGGCUGAGGAACCUGAACGUGAUGAAAGAAGGGAUCCAGCUUCCCACCAUUGUUGUGGUUGGAGACCAGUCCUCGGGGAAGUCGAGUCAAGCGUUUGACAUGAAGAUGAGGAUCACAUCCUACUGGAGCAUCGUCCUGAGAAGGAUGGUGGACACCAUUGCGCUGUCGUUUCAACUAUCUGUGAAGCACCUCGUCAACAGUCAGUUUUAG